UUCUGGUUGGGGGGACAGUCAAAAGAGACCACCAUAUAUUUAUUUUUGACAAUAUUUGUUAGAUUUUUCAAUUUCAAUUCGUUCUCAAAUGUAAAUAAAUCAAAGGAAAAGACGAUACACUACAUACCCUGGUUCGAUUCCAGGCUGUAUCACAACCGGCCGUGAUUGGGAGUCCCAUAGGGCGGCGCACAAUUGGCCUAGCGUCCUCCGGGUUAGGCCGUCAUUGUUCACGGGAGAUGAAGGUUAAAAUCAAGCAGUGGAACGGCGUGGCAUCCUGGCUGUGGAUGGCCAAUGAUGAGAACUGUGGGAUCUGCAGGAUGUCUUUUAAUGGCUGCUGCCCAGACUGUAAGGUUCCUGGAGAUGACUGCCCAUUGGUCUGGGGCCAGUGCUCCCACUGCUUCCACAUGCACUGCAUCCUCAAAUGGCUCAACUCCCAGCAGGUCCAGCAGCAGUGCCCCAUGUGUCGGCAGGAGUGGAAGUUCAAAGAAUGAGCUCAUCUGGAGAACAUCACUCGAAUGCCUUUCAAAUAGACUGAUGCGUCACAAUCAGAGGAUUCUAGUGUUUCAGAAUACAUAUGUUUUUGUUGUACAUUUCCAGCUACUUUUUUUUCUUCUCUGAGGCUGUCAUUGUUUGUAUUAUGUGGAGGGGUGGGUGAAUAAAUAUGUGAUUAGGAUUUAA